AUGCCAAACAUUGGUUAUGGUUCUAAUGCAAAGACUCGUCAUAUGCUCCCCACAGGAUUCAGACAAGUCCUGGUACACAAUGUCAGAGAAUUGGAAGUUUUGCUGAUGCAGAACAGAAAAGACUGUGCAGAAAUGGCACAUGGUGUGUCUUCAAAGAAGCGGAAGGAUAUUGUGGAGCGUGCUCAGCAUUUGAGCAUUAGAGUGACUAAAGGACAUGCUAGGCUACGUAGCCAAGAAAAUGAAUAA